GAGGUCCAUCCCAAGGCUGGUCACAUUGCCUGUUCUGCUUGCAUCUUGUACCCGCUCGCACUUGCGUAGUUUCGCCAUGAAGUUGCUGUCGAUGAUUCUGGCCCUUGCUGUGGUCGCGUCCUGCCUGGUGGCCUGGGCCAGCGCCAUGCCUGACCCUUACGCCUUGGCUGACGCCGACCCUGAAGCUGUCCCCGACGCUGCUCCCAAAGCUGGCGCUGAGGCCGAUCCCCACUUCGGAGGCUUCGGGAGAGGUUUUGGAAGUUUCGGAAGAGGUUUCGGAGGUUUCGGAAGAGGUUUCGGAGGCUUCGGAAGAGGUUAUGGAGGCUUCGGAAGAGGCUUUGGGGGUUACGGAGGGGGAAGAGGUUUCGGUCACUUCGGUCACGGCUUCUGGUAAAAAAAACUCCAGCUCAUGACACUCGGACAGUGACGAUUGCUUUGUAACAUUGGCCUUUUCAACCCGAAUUUCCGUUUUCACGGGAGUCCUGAAUAAAAUUUCGCCAUAUGUAGAAAUUAU